UUCCCCCGCAGCGCGGCGCCGCUUCGCCACUCGGGCACCGCAGGUAGGGCAGGAGGCUGGAGCGCCUGCUGCCCGCCGCCCGAAAGAUGGUCCCCUCGGCUGGACAGCUCGCCUUGUUCGCGCUGGGUCUCCUGUUGGCUGUGUGCCAGGCCCUGGAGAACAGCACAUCCGCCCUGAGUGCAGACCCGCCUGUGGCCGCAGCUGUGGUGUCCCAUUUUAAUGACUGCCCAGAUUCCCACAGUCAGUUCUGCUUCCAUGGAACCUGCAGGUUUUUGGUGCAGGAAGACAAGCCAGCAUGCGUCUGCCAUUCUGGGUACGUGGGCGCACGCUGUGAGCAUGCCGACCUCCUGGCCGUGGUGGCCGCCAGCCAGAAGAAGCAGGCCAUCACCGCCCUGGUGGUGGUCUCCAUCGUGGCCCUGGCUGUCCUCAUCAUCGCGUGUGUGCUGAUACACUGCUGCCAGGUCCGAAAACACUGUGAGUGGUGCCAGGCUCUGGUCUGCCGGCAUGAGAAGCCCAGUGCCCUGCUGAAGGGAAGGACCGCGUGCUGCCACUCAGAAACAGUGGUCUGAAGAGCCCGGAGGGAGUUUGGCCAGGUAGACUCUGGCAGCCUGAGGAAGGAAGGACUUCUUCAGGAUGAGCCGACAGACCUUCCUGCUCUGCCAGCGAUCACCUGUGCAGCCUUUUUUGUCUUUUGUGGGCCUUCCUUCACAACUCUGUCAAGAACUCUGUCUGCUUGGGGUUAUUUGGUGUGACCUAGAGAAGAAAUCAGUGGACCACGGUUUAAAGACUGAUCAAAAAAGAAUUGCAAAGGGGUGGACUUCCUGUUGACCUAGCUCAGGUGUGUGCGUCUGCCGGCCUCGGAGCCCAGGGGUGUGUGGUGGUGUCUUCUGCCAGUCACGGAGACUGGGCUGUGUUUCUUUUUCAUGGGCCCAUCUCCCCACAGCGGUAUCCAUCCUGCCCAACCCUGGAGAUUGCCGUCGUUGAGUUUUUUCUCAUCCGUUUAUUGGAGAAGAAGAUGGACACAGGGUAACUGUUGGUUACAUGAAGAUGCCAAGUGUGAGAGGAGCUGCGUAUGUCCUCUGUCCACGAGCCCCUCAACCAGCCUGAUGUCUCCCACAGGCACACGACGCCGAGGACCUUCCCAAGCCGUCGGCAGCCUCGGAGAUAAUUAUUUAUGAGAUGGAUGAUGGUUUCAUUUUUAAUCUCUUAAGUCAAUGUAAAAUGCAUAAAACCUUUUCAGACUUCUACACGAAUGAUGUAUGUAAUGCUGGCUGAAAAGCUGGCUGACUGAUGACAACCAUCUGGCCUCUUUGGGACGGCUAAGGCUUGGGAAGAGCCCCCCGGGGCUGCCGGGAUGGAACCGGAGGAGGAGUUGCUGAUGAGAGCGAAGACUGGGGCUCAGGGGCCUUGCCAUUUUAGACACAAAGCAAGGAAAUGCCCCAGAUACAGUCCAGUAGAAAAGUUAGGCAGUCCAGCAGAGAUUGGUAGCUUUGUUGGAGAGAGAGGUAGAGGGUGCCUGUGCGUGCAUCCUCACGGGACAAACACAGGACUAAGUGCUGCACGAUUGAAUGGGUUAACCUCCUAGCGCUCCCUCCGAGCGCGGAUGCUUAGAAAUAGAGCACAAGCAGAAAGCCACAGGUGUUUGGGGCCACAUCCAUGGAAGGGGGGCUGGUCAUUUACUUUCCAUGUUGUUGCUUGGUUGAUUUGUGGCUUUAUUUUUAAAAGGAGAAAUUGAACUUUCCUAUUUAUUUUCUAGCAUUAGAAGAAAUAUCCCGGUGAUUUUUUUUUUCUUCCCUUUUCCAUUCAGGAUGCUGGUUUUAUUAACAAACUCUAACAAAUCACCUCCAUCAGGGUGGGUCUUGCUUUUCCCUGAAAGAAGGAGAAAUUGUUUUCAUGGGCAUCCAGGUAUGUUCUGACCCAUCGGGCUUGCCUGUGGAAAACACUGGUUCCCUCCAGCUGAACAGCAGAGAGCUCAUCCCUAGGAAUUUUCAUUAAAAAUUGUAAACAGAAUAACAGUGAAAUAAUACGUGCCUCUCACACUUGGCAAAAUAAUAAAUUAUGUGAGGGAACUCUUUAUUCACUAAUAUUUGAAAAAUGAAAGAUUUCUACCUAUUAAUCUCCACCCAUCACGAAAGGGACCUUUAAAAUAUGUCAAGUUGGCUUAAAAUUUCUAUCAGGUUAUUUUUGUCCUCCCCUAAUUCUUCUUCCCAGAAUGUCCAUUUCGAUGAAUUGUCUCCUUAGUUCUUACAAUUCUGAGGCAAGUGUGUGACCCGUGUCUUAGCUUUGGCACUUUGAUGGAAUGAUGGAAUGAAGCAGUGAGGACAGAAAUGGGGUCUGCUCGCCUGCUGGCCCUGCCAGCGGUGCAAUCACUGCAGCUCCCAGGCUUAAGCUUGCAUUUCUUGCGUCCAUCCUACAGCAGCAGGGAUGCGGGCGGAGGCUCCCCGGUAGCAUCUUGCUCAGAGACCGGUCCCACUGACCUGGGUUUGCAGAGCCCCAUUUUCACUCCUCUCUCUCAUCGGACCCUCCUGAAAGUCUGAGAGCCUGGCGAGAGAGACCAAUGGCAGUGGGUAGUGUGUUUUUAACUUCAGGACAUUUUUACUUGAGGACAAUCUUUCCUCAGUCUUUUGGAGACUAUUUGAGGUCUGGUUGCCUUCAGAGAAUAGGAACCGAUGUGAAAUGUUUUGUGGGGCUUUCUUCACCUGAUGGAGGGUAGGAGCCAUGUUCGGUCUCCAGGCGUCUUUGCAGAGAUGUGAGGAGGAUGAGAACCUUCUCGCGCCCCUGCAGGACUUCACCUUUAGUGUCUGUGAAUGCUCUGGUCCUCACGCUACAGGCGCCCGCGCCCCUUCCGUCGUGCUGUGCGAUCAUUCCGUGAACCGUGCAGUGAACAGGUGUGGGCCUCGUGUGAGUGCUCCUGAGGCAGUUCUCCGUAAACCCGCAGGUCCGAAAAGAGUUGGAAGCAGAGGCUAGGUGACGGCAGGCCUGGACGGACCUUCAUCCAUGCCCAGGAUAGGAGAGCCUUGCUUCUUUGUGGUUUCUCUUUAAAAAUCAGAUGGCCAGCAAGCAUUGGAUUCCUGGGCCAUUUCAUGGUGUUGGUACAUCUUGAGUUAGCUGUAAAAAUGCCCCCUUUUGAGGUUAAAAAUGCAUCUUCGAACCCAUCUUUACAGGUUCCCUGUGUUUCCUUGGCCUCUAGAAAGCCAAGGAUUAUGACUGGGGAUUCGUUCCUGAGGCUUUUCCUGGUCAGCAGCCGCACGCCUGGGAGCGGGGAGCAGAGCUGCUUCCAAUGUCUAGCUCAGGAGAAAUGAAAAGCCCCCAUUAAAAAAAGGGGGGGUGCUUGCAGAUACUUGAUGGAGCCUAGAUCUCCCACUGUUCUACAGGCUGUGACAUCUCUAAGCAUACUGGCCAGAAACCUUUUCUUCUAGAUGGAAAGAUAGCCGUCAACCCUGAUCUGGAAGAUGCUUCUGACACACGAAAUCAAGCAAGAUAUGAGCUUGGCCAUUGUGUUCCAGCAGAGGAGGUGGGCAGUGUCCCAGAGUCUGUCUUCCUAAGAAAGGAGGAGGUGGGAUUGACACUCGGCCACCAGGGCAUUGGUGAGGCAGGAGGAGGUGUGGUUCUAGAGCUUCCUGGCAAACUAUGCUCUGCAGGUGGAGAAGGUGCAUCUUCAGCCAGAUCUUGCAGGGCCGGGUUGUCUCGCUGUGCCUGGGCCACAGGUCGCUUCUCCGGGCAAUUUUGGCAGAAGUGGAUCGACAAGGUUCCAGUGCUACUCAGGAGACCCUGUGCGCCCAGUAGGGUCUGGGCUUCGGUGUCUCCCAACCUGCUUGGCCAAGGAAGGGGGAGGAUUCAAAAGCCCGGCCCCAAAGGGCACAUCACAGAAACAAGACGAACACAUAUGUUUGUUAUCCAUGUUGGAACAUAAGACCGGUCCUCUCCAGCCGCUGAUUUUACCAGGCUCUCUGAAAGACCUCGUGGUGAACAUACCCACAGUCCCGAAAAGCAGCCCCUCUUCCUAGGGUAGUAACUUACUGAAGUAUUCAACUUUUCAUUAUCUUUAUUAUAACAAACCUGAUGCUUUUUUUUGUUUUUUAGAACUUGUUAUGCUGACUUCUGUAUAUGUUGCACUGAAAAGGUUAAUAUUUAAUGUUUUAAUUUAUUUUGUGUGAUAAGUUAAUUUUGAUUUCUGUAAUGUGUUAAUGUGAUUAGCAGUUCUUUUCCUUAAUAUCUGAAUUAUACUUAUUUAAAGAGUAGUGAGCAAUAUAAAGUGCAGUUGUGUUUUUCAGUCAUGUGCAUUGUUGUCCAGUUGUAUUGUACCUUGUUUGGAAGGAUGAAGGAAUGAACUCUUUUUUUUU